CUGGCUGAGAACACCCACCUCCAAACCCGCACCCAGGCCACCAUCAUCCUCACCGUCUACUGUAAGUAACCCUGGGUCGGGGCUGGCCCCGUUGGGUGCCCCUGGGGCGAGAAGGACCAACACAGCUUCUGGUGAGGAUGUAGGUGUGAAGGGCAGCGUGGGAGGGGGGUAAAAGCCCACUGUCCGCCACCGCUGAUGGUCUUCUGCAGAUCCACCCCCUGGCAGCCCCAUCUGCUCUGCCCUGGCCACCGGUGACCUGCGGAAUGUGGCCCUGCGGUGCCGCUGGUGGGGGGGCUUCCCCCCGGCACAGCUGCGCUGGGUGGGCUCUGGAACCCCCAAGGAGGAGGAGGACAAGGGGGCAGCGGGGUCAAGUUUUUCCAUGGCCACCAACAUCCAGCCAGGGGCGGCCACCAGGAACGGCAGCUCCUUCUCCUGCCUGGCCUCCCACCCCGCGUUGCCGCAGGGGGCUGCGUGCGGGACCACCCUGUGGGUCCCAGCCGACGGCCCCUCCUGCGCGGUGGCGGCCACCAAGGGUGACGAGUAUGUGAUGCUGCGGUGCCAGUGGGAGGGGGGAACGCCGCCAGUCACCCUGCGCUGGCAGGAUGGCGGGGGCCGGGCACUGGGGGAACCCUCGUCCUCCACUGCCAUCCUGGUGCUGAGCACCGACGGCAGCUUGCGGGGCCGGGAUUUUGUCUGCGCGGCUGCCCACCCGCUACAGGCCACCGGUGCUGAGUGCCGCCUCCGGCUGGGUAAGCCGGAUCUGAACCGGGUGUCCCCUCCUUGGGCCGCCAUGCCACGGAGGGGUCGCACGUCCCUGUGGCUCCAUGCCUCUCUCCGUGCAGAGGUCCCCAAGCUGGAGGCAGAGAGGAGCGAGGUGGUGGUGCUGGAGGGCGGCGAGGCGCGGUUGGCGUGCUGGUGGCAAGGCAGUGGCACCGACCUCAGAGCCACCAUGGCUUGGUACAACCCCAAGGAGCGGGAGGUGACAUCGGGGUUGACCAAGUACCGGCUGGAGCGGGGAGAAGCGUGGCUCAACCUCACCGUCUGGGAUGCUGAGUGGCCAGGGGACAGUGGGAUCUAUCGCUGCACCGCGGCCAAUGCCGUAGGCACUGCCAGCCUCCCCGUCCGCCUCCGCGUGGAUCGGUACCCGGCCCCCCCCAACGUCACCAUCAGCAAGCUGCGGUACACACGGGCACGCACUGAGGUGCGGCUGGAGUGGCGGACGCAAGGCGCCGGCAACCUCACCGGCUUCGUGGUGCAGCGGCGCCAAGCCAAGAAACAUCCUCGGCGGGUGCUGGGCCCCUGGGAAACAGCCGCUGGAGACAUCGAACCCCACUCCCGCGACCGGCGCCUGGGGGGGCUGGACCCGGCUGUGAUCUAUGCUUUCCGCAUCCUGGCUGUCAACCACAGGACGGCUGGGCACCCCUCGGAGGUGCAGACGCCAGCCGAGCCCCCCUUUGAGGCCUACCCUGCGGUGACAGGGGCAGCCGUGGUGGGGAUGUUGGUGGCCACCGCAGCAUCGCUUCUGGCAGUGGGCUUCAUCGCCCGCCACCGGGACAGGCUCCCACGGUUGCACGAGCUGCUCUUCCGCAUGGGUGACCCCGGCGCCUCAGAACCCAUCGGCUCGCCGCGGGAAACAGCCGCCAGCACCGAGGAGGAGGCAACACCGGCACCGGGAGCCCCGUCUGCCCCUGGCACAGCAGCGCUGGCGUCACCCCUCGCAGAGCCGCUCUCAGCCCCACCAGACAGUGCCGAUGCCCCAUCGCUCACCACCACAGCAAUGCCGUGACCGCGACGGCUUUUCCUCAUUAUUUCCCUUUCCUCCUCUUGUUUCCCACCUGCCUGUGCCCCAUCCGGCUCAUCCUUCUCCAUCAAUAAAGCUGGGAAGGGUGGCUCCAGCUCCUAAGGCUCAGCUCCUGUGGCGCUGCUGAACUCAAAACUCAGUGCCCGGGUAAAGACACUGCUCAGCCUGUGACGGAGCUUCAGGAGGACGUGUCUAGGCUGAGGAGCAUCAGGGUUUCUGAGAAGGAGAUUGACUGGUGGAAUCCUGGAAUCACAGAAUCAAGGGUUGGAAGAGACCUUAAAGGCCUGCCAUAGGCAGGGACACCUCCCACUGGAUCAGGGGCUCCAAGCCCCAUACAACCUGGCCUUGAACCCCUCCAGGGAUGGGGUGGCCACGACUUCUCUGGGCAACCUGGGCCAGGACCACCAGGAAGUCCAUCACUUCCCUGGGGCCAGGGAAGAGAUGUUGCCAGAAACCUCCCUGGGCUGGUAAAGCCCUCAGACGGUCACUCACUGGUGGGUUUUCAUGUUUGCAGUGACAAGAUAGCAAAGAGAAGCCCAAAAGCAAUCCAAAGGGAUCUCUGAGUGUUGGAGUUCAAGGGUCAGAUGGUGUGUUCUUCAUUACCUUCAGUAGCAGGGAAGGCUGUCGAGUGGAGCAGGCAGAGCAGCUGGCCAACACAUGGCUCCCAGGCUGGUGUCAUCAGCUGGACUUUGUGUUCUUUGACCAUGGGAUGGUCUAUUCAUCACCAGGUCUGCUAGUAUCCGAUGGCAGGCACCUCUCACAGAAGAGGAAAAACUUUUUGCUGAGGAGCAGGGCUGAAUAAGGAGAUUUGAAGGGGAAAGGGGCAAUUGCAGGGUGGUCAGUGCUGAGCAACAAGAAGGCAUGCCAAUGCCUGACGAGCUGCAUUGCAGUGAGACCAUUCAGAACUCUCCACGAGGAGAGGGACACAGUGAACCAGGUUUGAAGUGUUUCUAUAUGAAUGCCCACAGCACGAGGAACAAGCAGGAGGAGCUGGAAGCCUCGGCCCAGUCGCCGAGAUCUAACAUUAUCGGCGUAAGUGAAAGCUGGUGGGAUGAGUCCUGUGGCUGCUGGGAUGGACGGGUGCACGCUCUGCAGGUCGGGUGGACGGGGCCGGUGAGCUGGGGUGUGUGGAGGGGAAGGGCUGGAAUGAAUGGCGCUUGCAGCUCGUGACAGCAGAGCUGAGAGCCUCUGCAGCAGGAUUAAGGGACACAAAAGACGGAUGUCAUCGUGGGAGUCUGCUCUAGGCCACCCAACCAGGAUGACAACACUGAUGACUCCUCCUUUAAGGAGCUGAGGGAUGCCUCCAAGCCAUCUGCCCUUGUCAUCAUGGGGGACUCAAUGUGCCCAAUAUCAACUGGGAGUCCCACACAAUGGCACAAACAGGUCCAGAAGAUUCCUAAACUCUCUGGAUGAUAACUUUAUGGCUCAGGUGCUGAGGGAACUGAUCAGGAAAGCCCCUUCCUUGAUUUGUUGUUCAUUAGCAAAGAGGGUCUCGUGGGGGGAAGUGGUGACUAGAGGGUGCACAGCAACCACAAAGCAGCCAAGUUUAACAUCUCUGCUACAAUGAGGAAAACUGAGAGCAAGAACUCAGCUCUGGAUAUGAGGAGAGCAGAGGUGUCAGAGUGC